AUGGCAUGGAUUUAUAUCUAUGAUAUCAUCUUUGGUUCUCUCAUUGAUUCUCUUGCUCAUGAAUUUUCUGAAUGCAUGAAGCAGGAAUUUGAUAUGAUACACAAAAGACUUUUUGUCAAGAAAUUUGAGCUAGACAGCAAGAAACACACUGGAACACUCAUUAGCACGAGUAUUAAGUUAGGUCAUGAUCCUAUAGGUAAGAGUGUUAAUCAUACACUAUAUAGGAGUAUGAUAUGUAGUUUACUUUAUCUUAUUGCCAAUAGACCUGACAUAGCUUUUAAUGUUGGGGUAUGUACGAGAUUUCAGGCUUAUCCUAAAGAAUCCUACUUAAGUGCAGUAAGGCUUAUCAUUCGAUAUGUAAAUGUCAUUGUAGAUCAUGAAAUCUUGUACUCUAGAGAUUCUAAUCUUGAUCUUACUGGAUAUCCCGAUACCGAUUGGGUUGGGAAUGCUGAUUAUAGAAAGAGCACAUCGGGAGGAUGUUUCCAUGUUGGUUCCAAUCUUGUAGCCUGA